UGUCAUAAAAAGACAAUGGAAUCACUUUGGAAAAAAGUUAAAUAAUUUUUAAAACUGGGAAAGAUGAAUGGCAAAAUCAUUACAUCAAAAACCUCAGAAUUGGAGAACCAGCUGAUAAGAAUCGGAGACUGCCGAUAUGUCGGAUUCUCAGAACAGCACGCUGGCAACGUUUCAUGGUGAUGACAAGAUGGAAGAGGACUCUGGAUCUAUGGGAUUGAUUGGUGAAGUUGUGGGUUUUGAUGAUAGAAUCCAGGAAGAACAAAUGCAUACCGGGAAUAAGGAGCACUCUUUGAAUAGUCUCAAUCCUGUAAAUCAUGUUCGUGAGCCACGUCAUAACAUAGACACAACAGCGGAACCAUCAAUUAGGGAACCAUCAAUUAAGGUCAUCUCAAAAAGUUUGUCUCGGACUGACAUAGAGGAAAGACUGAGCGUUCCUGCAAGUUGUCUACACUUUUUCCCAAUGCCUGAAGGUGUAAGAGAAAUUGAGUUCCAAGCAAUCGACACUCUUGGGAAACUGUGGACCUUUAAGCUAUCCUGUCGCUCUGAAGGACCUCCUAAACCUGUUAUCGCUGGGCAGUGGCUUAGUUUUGUGAAGGAUAAAGGUGUCAAGGUAGGUGAUACCGUAACAAUAUCUCAGCAAAAUAAUGGAACGAAUGAAGGCCAAUACAGCAUUUCAGUGUCCAGAAAGCUUUUCAAUGUUUUGGCUACCUUGCCAGCUUGAGCUUCUUUUCUGCUGCCUAGCAUGAGCAGCUCAGUUGUGCAUAUUGCCCGUGUUUUUUUAUUUUUCUUUCGCUAAACAUAUUGCUAUGGUUGUCAUGUUUAUCUCCUGCACAAGUAUGCAUUCUGCAGAGUAAUCUUCUUUGAAGUGUGGCCUUGACUCUCUCAAGUAAAUCUUUCAAGAAAAAAUGCAAGUCUGAUUUUGUUUGAUGUACAA